AUCUUCAAUUGUAUUGUUUCGGGAAUUUAUAAAUCGGAAUAGAAAGUUUUAUUUAAGAGAAUUUGCCGUCAGAUUAAUUAAAAUAAUGCCGGAAUUCAACUUAUCUGAUUCUAUAAUAACCUCUUUGAAUGCCCAAGAGCCAUGGCCGGAUAAUGUGAAACUUUAUCAGCCUUAUGAAGUUGAGCAGAUAUUGUUACCUGACAAUGCGAGCUGUCUGGCAGUACAAGCAUUUCUGAAGAUGUGUAAUCUUCCAUUCGAAGUGGAGAUGCGCUGGAAUGCUGAAUUCAUGUCUCCAUCGGGACGCGUCCCCUUCAUUAAGUGCGGUGCUUUUGUCGUAUCCGAAUUGGAGCCUAUCGUUCAGUUUGCCGCGAACAAAGGUGUCACAUUGUGUGCUCAACUUUCUACGGAGGAGAAAGCCGAGAUGAGAGCGUAUAUGAGCCUCAUUACUAAUGUUUUGGUUAACGCCGAACUCUACAUAUCCUGGUUGGAUAAUGACACGUACAACGCGGUGACCAGAGUGAGGAACUCCUCAGUGUACCCAUGGCCCUUAGGCUGGUUGCAGACUCGACAGAAACGUAAUGCUGUAGCUAAGCGGCUGAAGGCUCUGCAUUGGCACGAGAAGAGCCUCGACCAGGUUCUAGCUGACGUCGAACAGUGCUGCAACUCUUUGAGUCAAAGAUUGGGCGAUAAGGACUUCUUCUUCGGGACCACCCCAACGGAACUGGACGCUUUGAUAUUCGGUCACGUCUUCACGAUCAUCACGACCCGUCUCCCGUGCAGGAGGCUGGCAGAGACCGUUCGUAGGCACGAAACUCUCGUGUCUCUCGCGAAGAGAAUCGACGAGAGAUACUUCAAGAGGCCAUAGCGUGAGGUUUUCAAGGACAUCUCCACUGUAUUUAAGAGUCCUUGAAAUCUACCUUCCCUCAUUGUUGGUCUGUGUGUGUGUGCGUGCGUGACUGUUGUAUUGUACAGUAUACAUAGCUUGUUAACUAUUAGAAAUAAAACCGGCAAUGUAUGUCGAAUGCAAUCGGAACAUUAACUUGUGACGGUAGGCGAUGGUAUAAUAUUGGCAUCGAUGUUCCAAACAUCGACUUUCUGAUAGUAAUUCAUGCAAGUUUUCGACGUGCUCUCGGCACAGCUGAUGAUAGCGAUUACCGUAGCCCAUGGACAUCCAAGUGAAUGCCGCCACUCAAUCAAUGUAAAAUAGAAAACUUU